CUCUCUCAGAACAGCAUGGCACGCCGCACACGGAGCAGCAGGGCCUGGCACUUCGUCCUGAGUGGGGUGCGGCGUGAGGCGGACACCAGGGCGGUUGCCUUGGCCACCAGCACACGUGGCUGGGGCUAUGACUCCGACGGGCAGCACAGUGACUCGGAUUCAGAGCCCGAGUUUUCCUCUCUCUCACCUUCCAUCCCGAGUGCCAUCCCUGUGACUGGAGAGUCCUACUGCAACUGCGAGAACCAGAGCGAAGCGCCUUACUGCUCCAGCCUGCACGCCCUCCACCGUGUCAAGGACUGCCAGUGUGGCGAGGAGGAUGAGUAUUUUGACUGGGUGUGGGAUGACCUGAAUAAGUCAACGGCCACCCUGCUGACCUGCGACAACCGCAAGGUGAACUUCCACAUGGAGUACAGCUGCGGCACUGCCGCCAUCCGGGGCAACAAAGAGCUGGCAGAUGGGCAGCACUUCUGGGAGAUCAAGAUGACCUCCCCAGUCUACGGCACAGACAUGAUGGUGGGAAUUGGGACAUCAGAUGUGAAUCUGGACAAGUACCGCCACACCUUCUGCAGCCUCCUGGGCAAGGAUGAGGACAGCUGGGGACUCUCCUACACAGGACUACUGCAUCAUAAGGGAGACAAAACAAACUUUUCGUCAAGGUUUGGUCAAGGCUCCAUCAUCGGGGUGCAUUUGGACACGUGGCAUGGGACUCUCACGUUCUUCAAAAACCGCAAGUGCAUAGGGGUUGCAGCCACAAAACUGCAGAACAAGAAGUUUUACCCCAUGGUGUGCUCGACGGCAGCCAAGAGCAGCAUGAAAGUGAUCCGCUCCUGUGCCAGCUGCACCUCCCUCCAGUACCUCUGCUGUUACCGGCUGCGCCAGCUCCUGCCUGACUAUGUGGACACGCUGGAGGUGCUGCCAUUGCCACCAGGACUCAAGCAAGUGCUACACAACAAACUGGGGUGGGUCUUGAGCAUGCACUGUAGCACGUCGAAGCCUUCCUCUUCUUCUUCCUCAUCGGGAAGUGAUUCAGACAGCUCCUGUGGCUCAGAUGCAGAAGCCUGCCAGAGGAAGAGGUGCAGGAGGACAUAAUGUCUCUGCAGACAAACUGCUGUGAGGGUGUCAGGUGGGGUUUUGUUCUGCUGUCUGCAAGGGCCAGCCAGGCCUGCUGCACCUUUUUCUUCACGGGGACAUCCAUUUCUACUUGUUUGCAAAGAUUUCUCUUACGCUGUUGGAAAUCUUUAGCCUAAACAUCCAUCACAUGCAUUGAAAAGAUCUGUUGACUACAAGAGGUCACAGCUUUGUGAAACUGGUAAACUGUAGCCAAACAGCUGAGCUCUGUCUCCUGACUUGCUGUCAAAGCCCUUGCCUU